GUUUCAGAUCGUGUAUGGAGGAACCGGUUCACCCAUACAAUAAGAAAAGAGAGAGAAUAAUCAUAGAAGCAUUUUCUUCUCUCCUUCCCCUUGCCCGAGCUCCUCCUCUACCGGCGUCGCCUCCGGCAACCAUGGCAUCACCGACAUCACCCAUCGGACAUGGCAGUGCUUCACUAGUUCAUAGCUCGAGCUUGGCUGGGAGUUAGCUUUGCUUGAUUCUGAGCUUCAGUAUUAGCAAAGAUGGCAGCUUCCGCAGUCAAAAAGCUCUACGGUUGCAAGGGUAUGGAAACACCCGGAAAUUAACUUGCGAGUAGACGCACGGGAGGUUAAAAGAAUGGAUGAAUGGCUGGUAAAGUUCAUUAAGGAAAAUUCGCACCUCCCUUCUCUGGAGAGGAUCGGAAAUCUUCUUUGGCAAGUAUGGAAGGAGCGCAACAAUUUUGUCUUUCAAGGUACAAAACCAGAGGUAUGCAAAGUCAUAAAUCUAGCAAUAUUUCAGUAUGCUAGCUACCAAAAAUGGGGAUUUGGGUAUUCACCAGCUGAAAAAAUCAAAGAACAGAAGAACCCGCUUACCUGGCAAGCUCCGAAAACCGACUCUCUCAAACUGAACAUUGAUAGGUCGCUGAGUGAGGGAUCGACCGAGGGAGUCGCGGUUUGCGUCGUCCGGGACUCCUCUGGCAACUUCUUAGACGGUUUCACGAAGACAGUUCGGGCGGAGACGGUUCUGCGGGUGGAAACCCUAGGGGUUCUCGAAGCCCUAAAGUACUUGAAGGAAAAAGAAAUCGGGGAAGCGGUCCUGGAGUUUGACAACCAAGUUCCGGUCAACCACUUGAAGCGUGAAGAACAGACAGACUGGCAAGCACAUGGGGUGUUGUUCGAAUGCAGAGUUCUUCUGCAGCAAUUGCCGCAAGUGGGCUUGGUUUGUUGCCCAAGAUCAGCUAAUGCUGUGGCAGAUUGGGCCGCGAGACAGCAGCAAAAGAAAACCAUUCCUCUGAACUAGUGGGCCUUUCCUCCUCCAGGCCUUUGGGCUUUGUUAUGUGUUGAUGCCCCAGCAGAGGGCUUUGGUGCUUCUGUCUUAUGAUAUAAAUAAAAUACC